UGGAAUGCAAUGCAACGGUGCAAGUGCAAGUGCUUUCCCACCCCCACUCCACUUGCCCACCACUCAACUGCUAACUCGCAGCCUAAUCUCAUUGCUCAGAUCUCAAGCUCUAGAUCUCCUCUUCAAAUCGGGCUCAUUUCUACCAAAACUAACCACAACGCAGUCCAAAGACUACUUGUGCGCGCGCGUGCAGGAGAUGGCCGGCGCCGACGGCCGGCAGCUCCGGGACCUCACGCGGCGGGCUGCGUCCUUGCUGCGCAUGGCGCGGCUGGCGCUCACCGGCGCCACCCCGGCGCAUCUGCUCGCGGAAGGGGAGGUCAUCGACGGCGGCAGCUGCAACCCGCGUUAUGAGAGCAUCAGCACCGAGGCCGACCUCGAAUCCGACGGCGAGAAAGACGAAUCGGGGCUGCUCCUGGCCGACGAUGACGACUCCAGGACAGGAAGCUUGUCUGAGAAUAAUACUCGUCUCGUCUGUGGUGGUGCCGGUGACAUGAGCAACAAGUCUCAGCUCAGGCACCGACCUGCAACGGCCGGCGCUGCGUUACUUCGUUCUGAAAACGUUGCGGCGCCGGAGGAGGAGUCGGCUCAGCCAUUGAUGCCGCGCCGCGGCGCCAAACGGGUGAACGAUGUGGAGACGGUGGUGGAUCAUCCUUUCGGGUGUGAUCGCCGCGGGAGGGAGGCGUCGUCGUUGUUGCUUCUUUCUUCCUAGUCAUCUACUCACUGAAGAAAAGGGUGCAGCUACCUGAUUACCUGAACUGAAGAAGCUAUACGAUGUAUGCUUCCUAGCCAUUGUUAUAGUGUGAAGACUGAACGGACACACAGCUUCUUUUUUCAAUGGAAUUGGAAGGGGAUUAUAUGAAAAACUUGAGUAGGAAUAUGGUGGGAUACACGGACGUUAUUUUGGAAUUCAAAGGACAUCUGUGUUACUUGACAUUUGUGUCUAUUUUUUUGCCGAAUUAGAUACUCUGAAUCUGAAUCAGAUUCUAAUAUCUGAGUUAUAUCUCGUGUGUUUAAAUUUUUUUUACAAAAUUGGACACCC